CAUUCCACUUCUGUGCUCAGUCCGCUUCCCGUGCAGAAAUAAUGGCAACGCACGGACAUGGACAUCUAUCAAGUACGUGAUUAUUUUGGACUUCAGCUUCGAGAUUAGGGCCCAUUCCGGUGCAACACUGGACUGGCCUUGAAGGUCUGGCGCCACUUAACCAAGUGCAAAUUGUACCUGUGGACCAAGACGGUCUAUGGAAGUUUGUCGUGGGGGACUACAUGCACAACGUCCUGUUUUAUCUGGAAGAGGUGUGUCCCAUAUCAUGUGCGAUAUGCUUGGGGGCUGCAAAUCGAUCCUUUCAAAUGUCGAUGUCACAGCCAAUGUAUGGUGUUGUGAUGGUCUUCGAACGCCCUGUCCGGCUUCAAGGCGGCCUCAAGGGCUGUUUCUGCUGUUGUCUUGGGCAGAAUAUGGAGAUUGAAGGCCCUCCUGGAAGAAGAAUAGCCUCUAUAUCGGAGGAUUGUAACAUCUGGGGUACGUCCUUGACUAUCCGCGAUGCCAAGGGCGUGGCAGCAUUGAAAGUUAUUGGCCCAACUCUUCCCCCGUACAUUUGCUGCACGAACGAGGCCGUAUUCCAGGUGCUUACAAUGGCUGGUACUUCAGUGGGCGUGAUAAGGACCAACGGGAGAGCCAUUGUCUCAUUCCCCGUCAACUUAGAUGUCUAUUUGAAAGGAUGUCUCAUCGCCUGCUCAGUUUUGAUCUCGUACAUGUUUAGCAAGGAAACCUGUACCUUUGACUUCUUCUGCUGGUGUUACUACAUGCUGGCGCCAGGUGCUGUAUCGAACUACUUAGACGAGCAUGACACAUGAGACGUUUCUCCUGCUACUGUGAAACUUCCUUACUGUGGAACAUUAAAAUUAAGUUCUGACAUUCAGUGCC